AUGAUUAUUUCCAAGGCCCACAGGCGCAUCAUCUACGAAGCUCUCUUCAAAGAGGGCGUUUUGGUCGCCAAGAAGGACUACAACGCCCCCAAGCAUGAAGAGCUCGAUGUGCCUAACCUCGAAGUCAUCAAGGCCCUGCAGAGCUUGACGUCCAAGGGACUGGUGAAGACCCAGUUCUGCUGGCAGUGGUACUACUACGUUCUUACCGGCGAGGGCGUCGACUACCUCCGUCAAUGGCUCAAUCUGCCGAAUGAGAUCGUCCCCGCAACGCACAAGAAGGCAGUUCGUCCAGCGCGCCCCGCGGGUAUACGCUCCGGUGGGGAAGGUGCGUACCGUGCCCCGCGCGGUGACCGGGACGACUACCGGAAGAAAGAGGGUGGUCCGACUGGCGAGUUCCGGCCACAGUUUGCUGGUGUCGGCCGGGGGGCACCUCGGGAGUAG